AUGCCUCCGCCCGAUGUCCAAAAAUGUCGUACAUGUCUCCGUGAGAAUGACAGCCAGUUAUAUCUUCCACUCGACCACUAUAUUGAAGAAGAGAACUCCAAGAUUUUAGACAUGUUAGAUACAAUAUUGCCACAAUUGAAAAUUAAAAACGAAAUUCUUCAGCAAUGUCAACAAAUCUGUCAGGAUUGUUAUGAUAUGCUACUUUACUGUCAUCGUUUCCACCAGUUGUGUAUCGAAUCACAUCGAAAAUUACUGGCAUCGCUUAAACCGGAGGAUAGAGUGCUCAUAGAAUCCAUUAUAGAUGGAAAAAAUGUCAUAAUAAAACAGGAUUUGGAUGACGAAGAAGAAGAGGAGGAGAAGCAGGAGGAGGAUGUGUAUAAUAACCAAGAUUCUGUAAUGCCCAUGGAAGAGUUAAAUAUAAAAUUCGAUAUUAAUUGGCUGGACAGUAAUGAAGGAAAUUUUACUACAACUCAGAAGCAAGAUGAGCUGCUGCCUAUGGCCAGUAUUCAAAGAACAUCCAGCAAACGUGUUCAUAUCUGCCCGAUAUGCUUGCGUACAUUUAGUAGUGCACCUAGUUUAAAACGACAUAACAAGUUACAUGAUCCGACGGCACCAUUUUCCUGUCGUUUGUGUACAUACAGGUUUGAUUCAGAGAGGGCACAACGCCGCCACAUGUUAUUGUUUCAUACGGCCAACAAAGGUCAUUUUCAAUGUCCCGAUUGCCUACAAAUUUUUUGGGAAAAAUCAUCGCUUGUCCUGCACUCGAAGAAACAUUCAGCAAUACCACAGGCCAGCGCCACCUCCACCACCAACAUGGCGACUGUAACGGAAGGCGAAUUGAUUAUCAAAAACGAAAUUGAAAAUGAAGAGUUCGAAAGUGAAGAAGGACCUCAAGGGACGAAGGAAAUAAAAACCAAUGAAGAAAUUAAAAGCGUAGACCCCCAAGGGACCACAUAUAAUAGAAACAAAUUACUCAUUAAAAGAGGAAGGCGUAAUAAUGCCAGCGGAACAUUUCCCUGUCCGUCAUGCAAAAAACGAUUUUUCAGUAAAUUUAAUUUAAAAAGACAUUUCUUGUUGUUUCACGAUCCGAAUCAUGCAUUUGCCUGUAACAUUUGUAAAUAUCGUUUUGAGACCGUCGAACGAUAUCGUCAUCAUAUUUUUACUCAGCAUAACACACAGGACACCAAGGUGGAAGAAGUCGAAAAACCCAAGGCCAUGGAAAUGAUAAACAAUAAAGGAGAAUCAGAUUCGCAAGAUGAGGAUGAUGAUGAUGACGAUGGAAAGGAUGCCACCAAUGAUGAAGAUUUUGUUAUUACUGGCCCAGGAAAAAUUGAGAAACCCCGACCAUCCUACAUAAGACGUCAGUACCCAUGUGAAAUUUGCGGACGAAAUCUCGGAAGUUUGUUUCGUUUAGAACGUCACAAGCCGCUGCAUUCCCCCGAUAGACCCUUUGAAUGUACCCAAUGUAAAAAUCGUUAUUUAUUUGCUCAUCAACUGAAAAGUCACAUGCUAAAACAUGACAGUCAAAAAGCAAACAAUGGUUUUCAAUGUCCCAAUUGUACCAGACGUUUUGAGACCAGAUCGUCCCUAGGCGUACAUCACUGGCAAGUACAUGUGCGAAAAGUUCCUGAAUCGAGCAGCAAAAAGUAUGUGGCCUAUUAUCCCUGCGAAACAUGUAAUCGUCACUUUCUGACCUCAGCAGCGCUAUCCCGGCACAUUACCAAAGACCACCCCGAUAGGGAACGGUAUAAAUGUGAUCAAUGUGAAAAGACGUUUAUUUUGAAGGCUCAACUGCAGGAACAUUUGAAUCGACAUCGUGGCAUCAAGAAUUUCGUGUGUCUCAUAUGCCAACAGAUGACCUCUAAUAAAACCGAACUUCGGGAGCAUAUGAUGAGUGUACACAGUGUUGCGGAACAGUUCACGUGCAGUAAAUGUGGUAAAAAUUUGAGCUCGCUGAGCAGUUUGCAACAACACAUGGAGCGACAUAAGGGUGAAAAGAAAUAUGCCUGCAAACAGUGCCCGGGUCGUUUUAAGUGUCGUGUAGAUCUGCACAAACAUGUCCAGACACAUACGAAUAGCAAAGAUCAUGUUUGUGAUAUUUGUGGUUUACGCUAUACGCGGGCGUCCACGCUGAAGGCACACAAAGCCAAACAUGAAGGCAUCAAGCCACAUGCAUGUGAUCAGUGUGAUCGAUGUUUUGUCAACGCCGAUCAGUUGCGUAGACACUAUCGAACCCACACCGGCGAGAAACCCUACAAGUGUCAAUACUGUGACCGGGCCUAUGCCCAGUCGGGAGAUCUUAACAAACAUUUGAGAACGCAUAUCGGUGAGAAGACAUACAGGUGCAGCGAAUGUCCCAUGGCAUAUAAAUAUCAUGCUGAAUUACAGCAACAUUUAUGGGAUGAGCAUUAUAAGAAAUUAAGACAGCAGGAGGUGGAGGAGGGAGGAGGAGAAAUUCAGCUGGAGCCACGAGUAGAUAUAGAAAUUAAUGUAGAUACUUGUGAGGAAAAUCUACAACAACAAAUGUCGAAUAUUAUUAAGUUAUUAUAA